AUGAAGUUCAACGACGGGUUCUGGCUCUUGAAAGAAGGCGUGAAGGCCUACUAUGGUCUCCAGGUAACACAGGUCAAACCGGAGAAAGAUGGGUAUGCCCUGCAAGUCGCGACCAAGCCCAUCCGACACAGAGGGGAUACCCUUGGCGGCAUCGUCAGGAUACACUCACCCACAGAGGGCGUCGUGGGCGUGCGGAUCGGACACUUCAAAACGUUCAAGCCAUGCCCCGAGAUACCGCUCUUCCCGGAUGCGCCAGCAAUGCCGAACUUUGACCUUGAGAAGUCGGAGUCAGGGUACACCCUGACAACGGGCGGACUCACCGCCGAGAUCACUGAAAAUCCGUACACAGUAACCUUCAACUCCUGCCUCGCUCAGGACUUCAGCUCGAACCCUCACCCGGAAACUCCGCCUCAGACAGUACGCUAUAUCCACUCUGAACUGAAUACAUCUCCUGGAGAGCUUAUAUAUGGCCUGGGAGAACAAUUUGGAGCAUUCGUGAAGAAUGGACAAUCUGUGAGUAUCUGGAAUCGGGAUGGAGGGACGUCCAGCGAGCAGGCGUACAAAUGUGUACCCUUCUACAUGACUAAUCGAGGGUACGGCGUAUUUAUCAAUCAUCCUGGCGAAGUGGAGGUCGAGGUAGGAAGCGAGAAAGUGAGCAGAGUCGGAGUCAGUGUAGCUGGCGAGAGUUUGGAAUACUUCUUGAUCUACGGUGAAACCCCCUUGGAAAUUCUCGAGCGCUAUACCCGCAUGACCGGUCGUCCUGCGCUGCUGCCAACUUGGACAUUCGGCCUAUGGCUGUCUACGUCAUUCUUGACCAACUACGACACGGAGACUGUGUCUGGCUUUCUGCAGGGUAUGCAAGAUCGCAACUGCCCUGUGCGGGUAUUCCACCUAGACUGUUUCUGGAUGAAACAAUACGAGUGGUGCUCUUUCACCUUUGACCCGGAUAAUUUCCCCGAUCCCAAGGCUUACCUGUCGGACAUCAAGAAGAGAUACGGUGUCAAAAUCUGCGUCUGGAUAAAUCCGUACAUUUCACAGCUCUCUCCUACUUUUCAAGAGGGGGUGGAAGGCGGAUACUUCAUCAAGCGGAAGGAUGGCACUCCCUGGCAAUGGGACUUGUGGCAGCCUGGUCUCGCCAUUGUGGACUUCACAAAUCCUACCGCCCAAAAAUGGUAUCUGGACAAGCUGGAUUCACUCAUUAACCUCGGCGUCGAUACCUUCAAGACGGACUUCGGGGAACGGAUCCCCCAUGCAGGCGUCGUCUACCACGAUGGAUCAGAUCCCAUGAGGAUGCACAAUUAUUAUGCUACUUUGUAUAACGAGCUCGUGUUCGACUUGCUCAAGAGACGGUUUGGGGCGGGCGAGGCUGUUGUAUUCGCAAGGUCAGCGCACGCUGGCGGUCAGAGGUAUGGCAAUCACUACAAAAUCGCCCAUUGGGGAGGAGACUGCGAGUCCACUUUCGAGGCCAUGACUGAAACUCUGCGAGGCGGGCUUAGCCUUACACUAUCCGGGUUUGCAUUCUCUUCGCAUGACAUCGGAGGAUUCGAGGGACGCCCGCCUCCGGAAGUCUACCGCCGCUGGGUGGCGUUUGGUCUGUUCUCGUCUCAUUCACGACUUCAUGGGUCGCAUUCAUACCGAGUUCCAUGGGAAUAUGGAGAGGAAGCUGCACAAGACAUGGCCAAAUUUGUGGACACAAAACACAGACUUAUGCCAUACCUGUACAAUCUGGCCAUACAAGCUAAUCAAAGCGGUUCUCCAGUCCAACGAGCCAUGUUCAUCGAAUUCCUUUCAGAUCGGACGACACAUUAUCUUGACAGACAGUACAUGUUUGGCCCGUCGCUUCUGGUAGCACCGGUAUUCGUGCCGCUCGGCGAAGAGCUAGAGUACUACCUUCCGGCCGGACUUUGGACUUCCUUUUUCCAUCCGGAGCGGACAAUCCAAGGUCCAGCCUGGGUGAAGGAGGAAAUGGCCAUAGAAGAGAUUCCGGUGUGGGUGAGAUCAGGCACGAUAUUGUGCCUUGGGCCGAAGAACAUUGGUCGCCCGGACUACGACCUUCAUAAACGUUUAGAAGUGCGAUUGUACGAACUUCGGGACGGCCAAAGGGCGCAGUGCCAAGUACCUAGUGGUAAGGGCGCAGAAAUUGCUGGUAUCGUAACGGCGACGAGGAACGCCGACGAGAUCAAUGUGAAACUGGAGGGCUCAGCGGAUUUGGCCGCAAUCAGUCUAUACAGCAAGGGCUAUCGCGUCCAAGGGGUCGAUGGGGGAGUGGCACAGGGAGAUGAUUACAUCGAAGUCUUCGACGGCAAGAAGGAAAUAGUGAUAAGAUUGAAGAACGUGUAG